UUGUCAAUUUCCGUUUCCGAUCCUUUCUAAGCUCGCGUUCAAUACGUGAGAAUCACGUGUCAAUAGUGUCUAUUGAUUUCAGUUUAAAAUUAACUGUAAUCUUUUUAAAAUAGAUAGUUUUUAUAUCUAAAACGUAAAAAUGCCUCCUAAAUUCGAUCCCAAUGAAGUUAAAAAAGUGUACUUGAGAUGUGUUGGAGGUGAAGUUGGUGCAACUUCUUCCCUUGCUCCAAAAAUCGGUCCACUUGGUUUGUCGCCGAAAAAAGUUGGUGACGAUAUCGCUAAAGCGACCAGCGAUUGGAAGGGAUUGAAGAUUACUGUUCAAUUGACAAUUCAAAACAGACAGGCAUCAAUCUCAGUUGUACCAUCGGCUGCAUCUUUGAUUAUUAAAGCCCUGAAAGAACCACCAAGGGAUCGAAAGAAGGUUAAAAUUCAAAAACACGGUGGCAAUUUGUCCUUUGAUGAUGUUAUUAACAUUGCCAGAGCCAUGAGGACACGAUCAAUGGCACGUGAACUUUGUGGAACAGUUAAGGAAAUUUUAGGAACGUGUCAAUCAGUCGGUUGCACAAUUGAAGGCAGACCACCACAUGAUUUCAUUGAUGACAUCAAAAAUGGCGAGGUCGAAGUUCCAGAAGAAUAAAAAAAAAUUAUUGUAUAAACCAAUUUUAAUUUAAACUGAAGAAUAACAUCUUUUCCACAUAUAUAUACUUUUAUGUAUAUUCGACACAACAUCUCAUUUUUCAAAUAUAUUUUUUGGAAACCAA